AUAUUCCUGUUGUUAGGUUAUGAGCAGCAGGAAUUCUGAAAAAGGGAUUUAAGAAAAUCCAAAAGUACCAUACCUAGGAUUUGAACCUGUAUUUUUCUUAAAUUAAGGGAAUUCAUUUUUUUUUUUUUUUAAAAAAAAAAAAAACUAUUCCUUAUUUACGCAGUAUAACUCUACACGAAGGGGAUUCAAUGCAUGUGGCUCCACAAUUAGUUAUGAGAAAGAAAAUAAUGGAAGAAGUAUUUCUUGGAAUUUGGGUUUGAUAAUUUAGUAGUUUUAAUAUUUAAAAAUAUGGAAACACUAUGGAUCUUUGAGUAUUCUGGAAGAGAAUUUAGACCUCAUCAUGCCUGGUGUUUUCUAAGAUUCGUGCAGUCAAGAACUUUUUCAGUAAUGGCUUAUUCUAAUAAGUUUAAUGGGGUUCAGUAGUUUUCUGAUAUGUCACAAUAUAAAUCUCUCAAUUCUCAUGCAAACUUAUAAAUAAUUUUCAGACUAAGCACAAAGAUUCGAGUGCCAAAAAUACAGGGGAAGCCUUCUUUUCUGGCAGCAUACCCGGCCUUUAAUUAGUGUCCUUAGUGGGAAAUUGUACGUGAACAAUAACCAUAUUUUAAGGUAACGCGUUGCUUAUAUUAUUUGUUUACAAGAGUUAAUCCCUUGUGAACCUUUGCUGCAUUUCCUAUGGCAUUCUUCAACUCCACUUUAUUACUUAGAACACACACUUGUGUUUGCUAUAUAUACUAGACUUGCCCAAGAUCCAAUGCUCUACAAAUUUCAAUAGCCUUCCUCCCAACUACCUUAUAUUCUAAGUGCUGAACAAGCUCAUUUAAUCACUUAUUUAAGCCUACUUGCAUUCUUUGUUGUGGUAAGUAUGACAAUUUUCCACAAAUGUGAUCACUAGCAGCUUUUUCUAUUAUUAGGAAUUGUUUUUCACUUCAUAUUUUGCAGGUGGAUAGAUCAUCUGAAUGGUGUUAGCUAGGAAUCCUGAUAUGAGAAGUGGGGAUUCCUUAGAAGGAUUGGGAAAAACUAACAUGAGACAACAAAAGGGUGGUUCUUCAAGGCUUGUAACUGUGUUAACUUGUUUACAAUUCACAUUUGCUGUUUAUGCUACAUUUCUUCUGUAUUACAUGAGCCCUUCUAUAGAUUUAAGGUCUAAACCAGACUUCAGUUGGACUACAAGAAUUGCUCAGCAAUGGAAGCAAUUCAUAAUCCCUCCCCAUGUUAUGCUGCAAAUGUUAGCACAUGUUGCAGGCACAGACAAGUACAAGAAUUCUGUUUUGGGCAGCAUUGGUAGGAUUUUGCCUUUUAGACAGAAGGAUUCUAGUUUUCCGAGCUACAGGAAGUUUCGAUCCAAGGAAGCAGGUCUUUAUUUGCCCGAUCCUGCUUAUAAUAUUACGGUGGACAAAAUUGUUCAGGUGGAUUUCCUCUCUAGUUCUUGGUUUAUGUCUGCUGAACUUGUGAAGACACUUUUUAUUGAGACGCCGUUCACUUUCAUGACAGGCGAAGACCUGCACUUAAGCUAUCAGCUUCAGAAGUACAGAAAUGCUGGUUCAUUUGUACUACCAGUUGAUCCAAAUGAUAAAGACACUUGGGGUGACAGUGAGCAUAGGUUAGCCUAUGUAUCCGAAACAACUGUAAUUUUCAAGGACGUUGUUCAAGUCCGAGAUGAUCAAUGGUGGAGGGCGCUCUCUACUGGCUACGUGACACAAUGGGCAUCGAUGUAUCCUCAAAAGAUUGAUGCACUCUUCUAUGCCCACUCUGUCGAUGAAGUUAAAGCUCUCGCACCUCUUCUGCUAAAGUUCAGUUCAACUGAUGGAAAAAAGGCCUAUAUCGUUGUCUCGGGAGGAAACUUUUGCCCUUGUGAAGACGCUGCUGAAGCUUUGAAGUGGAAUAAGGCGUUAUGCAAAGAAAGAAGAUUUAAGAUUAUGGAUUUAAGAGUUGGUGCUUUAUCAGGAAAUUCAAAGUCAGAAAUUCCUGUUGUUCAAGCAGUUUAUGCUAGCGUGAAAGGACUUAUCAAAAUUCACAAUCCUAGCCUUGUGAUCACAGUAGCCGACACAGACUCUAGCGUGAAGAAAGCUCUGAAAAUGGCUACUGAAGCUAACACAAACAGUUCAACACUCGUUCUACUACCUAGGUCAUCAGUGUCAAAGGUUCUAUGGAUGGCUGAUAUUCGUUCCACAGCGUUGCCAAAUUGGAACCGGAUGAGGAUUCAUGUGAAUAUCAUCACACAGAACAGAGCUAAUUCACUUGCAAGGCUUCUCAAAUCUCUAGGUGAUGCAUACUACGUCGGUGAAGAAGUUCCUAUAAGUUUCAAUAUGGAUACUAAGGUGGAUGAGGCAACUAUAAAGCUUGUCAACUCAUUUAAUUGGCCUCAUGGACCCAAAGUUCUUCGAAGGAGAAUCAUUCAAGGUGGCCUAAUUCGAGCAGUUAGUGAGAGUUGGUACCCCUCCUCGGACGAUGAUUUUGGCCUCUUGCUUGAAGAUGACAUUGAAGUUUCCCCAUACUAUUACCUCUGGAUCAAAUAUGCUCUAUUGUCCUAUCACUAUGACCCUGAAAUAUCUCUUCCUGAGCUUUCUUCGAUCUCUCUUUACACUCCACGGUUAGUGGAAGUGGUAAAAGAAAGACCUAAAUGGAAUGCAACAGAUUUCUUCAAGCACAUUCAUCCAAACACACCUUAUCUCCACCAGUUGCCUUGCAGUUGGGGUGCAGUUUUCUUUCCAAAGCAUUGGCGGGAAUUCUACGUUUACAUGAACAUGAGAUUCACAGAAGACCCGAAGCAAAAUCCCGUUCAAAUCCCAAGAUCAAGAACAAAUGGUUGGCAAGCAUCCUGGAAGAAGUUUUUGAUAGACAUGAUGUACUUAAGAGGGUACGUUUCACUUUAUCCGAACUUUCCAAAUCAAACAAGCUUUUCGACCAAUCAUAUGGAACCAGGAGCACAUAUUGCUGCUAAAGAAAAUGUGAUUAAGCAUAACACGGCUGAUUUUGAGGUGCCAUUGCUAAAAGAAGACUUCAAAAACUUUCUGCCUAAUGGGAAAAUGCCUGCAGCUCCAAAAUUGCCUUCAUUAAACCUCUUCAACCAGCCUGUUUCUCUGAAGGGAUUAAAGGCAGCUGGUGCAAAACUGGGACAGGAUACUCUUAAAUGCAAUCAAACAGAGAUUGUAGCUGUUAACCAUGAGACAGGUGUACCAUCACAUUGUGCAAGAUUCUGAAAACCCCACACUAGUCCAAUUCAUAAUUCUUUUUUUCAUUGACAGAAGGUUUAUUCGCUAAUUUUUUCGGAUUACAUCACUUGGUGGAAGUGAUACUGAGGAAUUGGGGUGAGCACAAGCUGAAACACUGAUUUAUUCAUCCUUAUUCCACAUUCAAGGAAGGGGAUGAAGGAUUUCUUGAUGACAGAACUGAAAGUUGUAUAUUAUUGUAGCAGCCAAAAAGUGGCUAUUUGUAUCUUCUGCUUCUGCCUAAGUUUUGCAUUUUCAAUAAAAGAAAAAACAAGGAAUGCCUCAUAAAUUUUAGCAUUGCUUUUGAAGUUGAACUCCGUGGGUCAAGAAAGAGUGAGAACAAGAAAUAGGGAAAGGGGAUUACAAUGUCAUAAUAAGAUCAAUAAAAAUUCGAAUUUUCAAGUUGAAUCUAUCAAAGCUUGCAGAAUUAUUUGGUACCUAUGCUCGUGAGAGAUAGAGGUAUCCGAUGAAAUUAAAA